AUGGCUACUACAUCUGCAACAACUGCAACGGCAGCAACGGCAGCAACUACAACAACUCCUACUGAAAUAAAUGGAUCGAGGAGUAAAAGAAGACGUUAUUUCGCAAAUGGAAGAAGUCGAACAAUCGAAUUGUCGACACUUGCAGAGAUUGAUGAGGAGGAAUUCGCAAAAGCUGAAGGGGCUUCAUCUCAACCAGAAGGAACUCAAAAAGUAUUAAUCACUCAAGAUGAUAUGUGUAUUGGAACUACAGGUGGCAGUUAUAAGUCAUUGAAACGUGGCUCUGUUAAAGCACAAGCCCUGAAAUUGAGUGAAAGACUCGCUCAAAAAGUUGCGGCGGACAAUUUGGCAAAAGAAAGAGAAGAAAAAAGUGAAAUGGAGAAACAAAGUUGUUCGAAACCAAUUGUAGUUGAUGUUAAACUGAGGAGGAAUCUGACAGAGAUCCGGAGGGAUAUCAGAAAUUUUGAGACAACAACAGACUUCUCGACAUCUCAAGACUGGCCACAGCAACAACAACAUGAGUUCCAGCCAAAUUGUUCGAUUCCUAUGCAAAGACAUCCAAUUUCUCGAUCCGCUUCAUUUGUUGCUCCAACACCAUUAAUUGUAUACGGAAUGCCUCCACAACAUGGUGAUAGAAUGUCAAUGAUCGAUGGAAGAUGUGAUAGUCGAAUCGGGGAAUACGCGAUGCCUUUAUACUACAUGCCUGCUCCACCACCUCCACAACCAAUGUUUCUCCCGUAUCCAGGUGCUUCCAAGAUGGGAAUGACUCAUUUCGAUCAACCAAGUAUGGUCAUGAUGCCAGGUCAUCCAUUACAGUAUCCAGAAAUGCAAAUGAGACGGAAAAUGAAAUCAGUAGAUCCACAUAGGAGGAAGUCGUGGUGCUCCAGAAUUUGCUGUGCUGGAUUCGCCCAAUUACUUUGGACAAUUGUUUGCAUUAUCUCCUUUGGAAUCAUUGCAUCGUUGAUUUUAGCAUUAUGUUACAUGUGA